CACUACCACAGAUCACUGGGAGAGGCAGGGGAGAGGGGAACGAGUCAGACACCCGGCGAGACAAACUACAUAGACAAGUUUCGCUAAUUCAGCUACUCGGCUUUCCACGUUAUAGGUGUCUGGGCUACCCGUCCUACACUGUGUUAUUUUUUGUGUUGCUGAUUCAUUGAAGCUCCGAACGGCUUUUCAAAUGGCCAGCCCAGGCUCGGAUGCAGGACGACACCUCCAGCUGCAUCAGCCUCAAACCGAACCGGCACCGGAGGCAGCUUUUCGCGAAGCGCAGAAAUGGAUCGAGGCGGUGACCGGACGAUGCUUCGGUGAGAAGGACUUUCGUGGAGGACUGGAGAACGGGAUCCUACUGUGCGAGUUGCUGAGCUCCAUCAAGCCUGGCCUGGUGAAGAAGAUUAACAGGUUGACCACGCCCAUAGCAGGCCUGGACAACCUGACGCUGUUCCUGAGGGGCUGUGAGGAGCUGGGGCUGAAGGGAACACAGCUGUUCGACCCGGGAGACCUGCAGGAUACCUCCACACGCGCCUACGCCAAAGGAUCCGACUGCAGCAGGAGGCUAAAGAAUGUGCUGAUCACCAUCUACUGGCUGGGAAAGGCUGCAAACAGCUGUGCGUCCUACAGCGGCCCGACGCUGGACCUGAAGGAGUUUGAGGGGCUUCUGUCACAGAUGCGUAAGGAAGCGGAGGACUGUGACAGCCCUAAGCGCAGCAUCCGGGACAGCGGCUACAUCGACUGCUGGGACUCUGAGCGCAGUGACUCGCUCUCUCCCCCCCGCCACGGGAGAGAGGACUCCUUCGACAGCCUGGACUCCUUCGGCUCGCGCUCGCGACAGACCCCCUCACCGGACGUACUGGUCGCCCGCGGCAGCAGCGAUGGCCGCGGCAGCGACUCGGAGUCCGACUUCCCGCACCACCACCACCACCGGCGGAUGCCGGACGUGCGUAAGGACGACAUGCUGGCGCGGCGCACCUCGGUCAGCGAGCCGCGCACGCCGCUGCCCUUCAACCAGUUCCUGCCCAACAAGAGCAACCAGACGGCCUACAUGCCCACGCCGCUGCGGCGCAAGCGCCCCGAGAGAGAAGAGGGCGCGCGCAAGAGCUGGAGCACCGCCACCUCGCCCAUCGGAGGAGACCGGCCGUUCAGAAGCCCCGCCCGUUCAUGUUCUGAGGAACUCUACCGCACUUCCUUGACGACCAGCGCCAUGUCAACCUCCAUCGUAGUUACCAUCCCACUCAGCCCCUCCCCUAGGGACAGUCCGGACGCUUCCAGGAAGUUCCUGCCCCCAAAGGUGGACGGGGCGGGGCCUGGGAAGCAAGGGGGCGUGUCAGACCCAGGAAAGGAUGACAUGUGGGCCAGGCGGACCUCCCCCAAACAUGGCGGCGCCAGCCCCACCCAUUUCCUGCCCGUCCCCACGACGGCAGCCAAUCAGGCUGGGGGCAGCCCGGGGGCGGAGUCGGAGACAGACAAACCACGGAGGAGGCCCUCCUGGUUGGACGACGAGCUGUCGCCAACAUUCAGCCACAGUGCUAGUGUGUCAGAUGACCCUGAGAGUAUGAGUAUGAUAGAUGUGCGCUGUGAGGAGGACGUGUUCCUGAGCCCCCACAGUCAGGUGCGGCACGAGCUCAUGCACAACCAGUACAACAAGCUGAAGGAGGAAGAGGACCACUGGCAGGACGACCUGGCUCGGUGGAAGAGCCGACGGAGGAGUGUGUCCCAGGACCUGAUCAAGAAGGAGGAGGAGAGGAAGAUGAUGGAGAGACUGCUGAGCGGAGAUGAAGACAUGCCACAGCGGAGGAAGAGCAUCAAGACCUACAAGGAAAUCGUGGAGGACAAGGAGCGGCGCGAGCGCGAGCUGCACGAUGCGUACCGGCGGGCGCGUACCCCGGAGGAGGCGCGUCAGGUGCUCCAGCGCUACGCGCAGCGCUUCAGCAUCAGCGAGGCCAUCCUGGAGCGCCUGAAGCCCAAGCUGCUGGAGCGCAGCGUCUCCGCCGACCCCUCCUCCCCGCUCGCCCUCGCCCACGCCCACGCCGCCGGCGCCUUCGGCCACCUGCCCCCGCUGCACGACUUCGGCGACGUCUUCGAGAUGAGCGAGGAGGACUUCCGCGCCAGUCUCGGAGGUGGUGGCGGUGGUGACGGCAGCGAUGGGAGUGGCGGUGGCGGCGGUGGCGGCGGUGGCGGCGGUGGUGGUGGUGGCGGUAACCCCAUGCAGUACCUCCGUCAGCAGUCGCUGCCAGCGCCCAAGUUCACCUCCACGGUGGAGGCCAUGGUGACCGGUUUCACCCCGGCAGCAUCGGCGCCGGAGCGCCCCCCGAAGGCUGUGCCCCUACUAGCACCCAAACCGUACAGCCGCGCAGAUAAACCAGCCAAGGUGGACAGGAUGUUGCGUUUGAAUGGUGAGACGGAGGAAAAGAUGGAAGAGAAGGGGGUGGGUGAGGACGGACGAGAGGACGGACGAGAGGACAGCCCCUCCCCCCUGCAGUUCCUCCCCUGCCCGGCGUCCGAGGACACGGAAGAGGUUCCAGAGUCCAGAGUCACGGCCUCCUCCGCCUCGCCGGCCUCCUCCCCCAUGCGCGGCUCGAAACAAGCGUCUCCCACGCGCGGCUCGAAACAAGCGUCUCCCACGCGCGGCUCGAAACAAGCGUCUCCCACGCACGCCGCAAAACAGGCCUCGCCGACACACACCUCAGCACAAGCUUCUCCCACACACACCUCUCAACAGGCCUCCCCCACGCACUCCUCGAAACACGCGUCUCCCACACACACUCCGGACGCUGCCGUUCCGUCUGACGCACACGCCCCAGGGAGCCCCGCGAAGGCUGCCGAGGAGGAGAGGCCUUCGGAGGAGGCGCAGGUAAAGGAGGAAGAGGAGGAGGAGUCGUCGCUAGUAACAGCGAGCCAAUGGCAAGCGCCCGAACGCCAGGAGGUGGUGGAAGGAGGUCCUCCACAAUCCCAGGAUGCACUUGAGCGGCCCGAGAGUCCAGAGCAGACAGCACCCAGCAGACCCACAUCUCUGCCUACGGAGCUGCAGAGUGAGCCAGCAGCCGUCCCAUUGGACGAGAACGGCAGCCAGCCCUUACCAGAGACGGAACAGAGCCGGCCCACAGAAGAGACAACGUGCACUACAGUACCUGGUCUGUACACCACAGCCCCGACUCCAGACUCCACAGCUCCUGGAUCAGUGCCGGACCAUCAGAGCCCAGCACGGAUGGUUGAGACAGUGAAUCAGCCGGAAACGUCUCACCUGGCAGCUCCUCUGUUCAGGCCGUGUGUGUCCCCAUCGCCAGAGUUUUAUAACUCUGCCAGGGCGCCGCUGGCCUCGCCUAACCCUAAGUUACGCUGGGAAUUCUUCGCUCCGCCAGAGAGUCCAGUCAAGGAGCCCAGUGAUGUAAGUGUCCCGCCCACGGUGUUGAGUAUGGUCAAGCGGGGCGACCAGUGGUCAUGGGACCCAGACGAGGAGCGCAGACGUCAGGAAAGGUGGCAGCGAGAUCAGGAGCGCAUGCUUCAGGAAAAGUACCGUCGUGAGCAGGAGAAGCUGAAACAGGAGUGGGAGCGUGCUCAGAGGGAGGUGGAGGAGGAGGAGAGGAAGUUCCACGAGGAGGAGCAGAAGAUCCUGGAGGAGACUGUGGCCCCCCUGACGCCCCAUUCCCCGGCUCCGCCCGUCUCCCCCUUACACAUGAGGAGCGAGGCCCCCCCGGCCCCCGCCACCCCCCAGGACAACAUAGUGCGCUCGCUGGCCGACUGGGAGCGCAAGCAGGAGAUGCUGGAGAGGCAGGCGAAGGGAAGCACAGAGGAGAACGAGCGGACGGAGCCGAGCACUGAGGACCGGAGCUCACAGCUGCAGAAGGCUGAGAGUGCGGACCUCCUGACCUCCUCGGGUGUGUCUGAGGCCAGCUCCCGCAGCCAGCACAACGGCCAGAGAGCCCCCAGGGGCCAGGGCCAGCCCAGGAGCCCUCAGCCCAAGCCUGCCCAGGAACCAACAUGGAACAGCAAAGAACAAAAGACAACUUCACUGGACCGAAAGUCUGGAGGAAGGAGGUUUGAAGCUGGUGAGAAUGCACCAAACUCCCCUAAGUCACCCUCAUACUCCUCAGACACCCCACCUUCAUCCCCCAACAGGUCUGUGAGUGGGAAGAAGCUGUGCUCCAGUUGUGCUCUUCCUCUGGGGAAAGGGGCCGCCAUGAUCAUCGAGACCCUCAGCCUCUACUUCCACAUCCAGUGCUUUAAGUGUGGGAUUUGCAAGGGGCAGCUUGGAGACACGACCACAGGCACAGACGUCAGGAUCCGUAAUGGCCUUCUCAACUGUCAUCAGUGCUACAUCCGCUCGCGCUCGGCAGGACAGCCCACCACCCUGUGAUGCACCAGCGUGAGCGCCUGUGUCCAGUCCAUCCAGACCUCCGCUCCUCUCUCCUCAUCAAGCAUGUCCAGAUAAACAGCUGUUGUGUGCCGAUGAGUCUUCUUCCUGGAUCCUGCUGGUCGCCCCCCCCCCCCCCCCCCCCUCCUGUCUGGUCUGAUUGGGUCUGGUGUUACCACUGUAUGUGUUCAAAAACAACAAUAGACAAGAAACUAUUUCCACGCCAAAUGAGGAGGGCUUAUGUAUAUUUCUCCAAUUACCAAUAACAUAGAUGGAAUAUUAUACACUUCUAAUAUAUGCCUAAAAUGGGGGAAGCUUAAGAGUUAGAGUACAACAAAGAGGACAACAGUUUGGUUUACUCGCCCCCCCAUAAUAACAACUCUAUCCUCUGCUAACGUCACAAUUACAGGUUCAGAUAGUUAUGACCACCGCAAUGUUUCCUCACAUCAAGAGUUCAUUCAUUGCCCACAGUCUAUGUGUAAAAUAAGGCAAUUGUGUCAAUUAAAUGAGAAGAAUGUAUACAUUUCAGUAGCAUUUUGAUCUGUUAAAGUUGGAAAGAAAUAUAGACCUGUAAAGGCCCAGGAAAUUGUCGGUUUGAAGGAAUACAUAGGGAGAGAGGAAAUUACUUCCAUGCUAGAGGUAUUUUUUCUACCAGGUAUUUUGCCAAAAAAACAAAGGAUGUUUAAUUUUAAGCUUUACAUAGGCUACUUUACGCUGCCUUUUAUAUAAAAGGCCAUUUUACGCAAGCACUUCUCCCUCUCUUUCCGGUGUCCUUCAGAAUGAUUCGGGAGCCAUGUUCCCAAUAACAAUACUGACACGCCGUUCGUCAAUGAACAUCCUCCUGCGUUCCGUUUCCUGCUUGAAAAAGAAAUGCAUUCUUUUACUCGAUUUAAUGUUAUUGAUUACCUGUGAGAGGAUUGCACGUCGAGCUCGUUGCAUCUGUGGAGGUUAUGUCGUCAUUGCGGUUCGUUCCCCUCAUGCACCCAUUUUCCAUCCGAGCUACCUGCUUCUUCGGUCGUUCAUACCUUUGCCGUGUCCCCUCCUCUGUUAUGACCGCAAUUGAUAUGUGCCUUAGGAAAACGAGGGAAUGCGUACCCGCAGCAGAAUGUGAAGCCGUGUGAUGAAACCCAAAGAUGGUCUGUCUGUAGCCACACUAGUUGAGCUUUGACGACGGGCUGUUAUUUUCAUAGAAAAGUAUUGAUGUAGGAACACGCUGAACGAGUUAGAUCUUCGCUUUUUGGGAAACGGGCUUAUGUUUUGGUCCUUAGGGCUUCAUGGUAGUUAAGAUAUUCCCUUGUCCUUUCUUUCAUCGGCUCUCUUUCUUUCAGACUUUUCUUACGCCGAAUCGUCCAUUAUUUUCUGAAUGAAAACGCGAUGUAUAUUUGGAUCAGCAGAAUAUUUUGUAAGAUCUGAUGGCUUAUGAAAACAAAGUUGAAACAAACAUGAACCAAAUAGGUUAUUUGUUGUAGUAGGCAGAAACCGUGUGUCAAUUCCUUAUUUUUGCCUUACUGAAUAUUUGGAUACUUUGUGAACUCCACAAAAUUAUGAGUUAGGCUAAUAAACAAAACAAACAGCU